AUGGUGGAUGGCAGGUUCAAUGUUGUUUUCGAGUUGACACGAAACCUGACAUGUAGCAAAGAGACACAAAUUUCAAGGCUUAAACCCAGGCCUGUCAACACUGUGGCGGCGUCUCUCAAGAAAGUGUUCCAGCUGGUGUUCCAGCAGCCUGCGAUGCGAUCCAAAGGUCACGCCACUCUGGCGACAAGCUGGAACUCAAUCCGCCGAGCCCAAUACCUUUGGUGUUUCAUGCGUGUUGGCAUGGGACAAUUUGGAGGCGAGUCGCUACCUAUGCUCCAUACUGCAUUGGAUGAUGAGGUCAGCAACACCUUCAGCAACACCUUUGGCCGCCUCUCCAUUCCACAGCCACCACCAAACAGUCGCCGUCAUCAAUCAUCGCCACCACACCACAUCCCUAACGGCAAAUCAUUGUGGCUAAGCCAACAACAUUAUCAUCAGCCUCAACCACAUCUACAUACGCCCGCAACUCACAUACCAGGCCGUGAGGCUGCCAGCUCAAGCUCCUUUUCCCUUCCCAACCAUGGCGAGCCGAAAUCUAUCAUUUUCGACGGCAGCCCUACGUUACAGCCGGCACAUGGCCAAGCAGAUGGCCUACCACCUACCAACCCAUCCAUGCACGUCCCUCUGUUAUCAAGAUCGGACCGCCUCGGGCAGCACCUUGCCGCUGUUUGUCUGUCACAAGAGGGGGGCUUUCAGGACUUCGGCUCCCACACGCGCACACAAGGCACGGGAGACGGACACCCAUCCAGUGGGUUCGCUGGCCUGCUGCAACGCAACGCGAGAUGGACCAAGUGCAUCAUCUCGCCAAGAGAAAAAGGCUCCGUGUCGCGAGUUGCCGCAUCUUUGGAAGUAGUACAUGGAUCAAUUUCACGUGAUGCCGCCCACUGGCCACAGUCCUAUGUAUGCAGAGGGAAAAGCGCACACCUUGAGGAUGAAACGUCGACAAAGGGGAUUGCGAAACAGGCCAAGAGGCCAACCUAUUCAUUAAUACAGUAUCUGUCUCAAGCAGCCAAUGAAGUCGUUGCGCUGCUGAACAUCUGGUGCCUCGAAUCACUCGUAUGCAAGUACUAUCCUACUCCUCUCGACGAUCUGGCAGCACAUGCUCCAAGAUCUUCGCGCUACGUCGUCUCUGGCGUUUCAUGUGCGCCUUGUCAGAGGAAUCGCAUCCCGUCCCUUGCAAUGAUGUCUUUGCCCCCUUAUAAGGCCCCCUCGUUGGGUGGCACGUCACAGGCAGCAUGUGCCAAAAACUCGCGUCAACUUGGUUGUGCUGCUUUUACUUCAGGGGCAAGUCAUCACGGCACAAGGCAUAUCUAUUCUCCCACCCCAGUGCAAAAGAACGCUCCGUACCAUGUCAAGAUGCUUCAACUUCAACGUCUUUGUAUUACAUAG